AGAGCGCCCCUUCCUCCCGUGCCGCCCUCCGUCCCUCUCCGCCCGCGGCUCCCGGCGCGCCAGCAUGGAGCUGUUCCAAGCCAAGGACCACUACAUCCUGCAGAGCGGGGAGCGGGCGCUCUGGUGCAGCCGCAGGGACGGCAGCCUGCAGCUGCGAGCCGCCACUGAUCUUCUUUUGGCUUGGAACCCCAUUUGUCUGGGCCUGGUGGAGGGAGUCAUUGGGAAAGUCCAGCUUCACACAGAUUUACCAUGGUGGCUGCUUUUAAUUCGUCAGAAAGCAUUGAUUGGCAAACUUCCAGGAGAUCACGAGGUGUGCAAAAUAACCAAGAUUGCAGUGAUUCCACUGUCUGAGACAGAGCCUCAGGAUCUGGAGCUGGAGCUUUGUAAAAAGCACCAUUUUGGGAUAAACAAGCCAGAGAAGAUAACACAGUCCCCAGAUGAUACAAAAUUCCUGCUGAAGACUCUUACUCAAAUUAAAUCUAAUGUGUCUGCUCCAAAUAAAAAGAAGAUUAGAGAAAGCAAAGAGAAAGAGAGACUGGAGAAGAGAUUAUUGGAGGAGUUGUUCAAGAUGUUCAUGGAUUCAGACUCCUUUUACUACAGCCUGAGCUAUGACCUGACAAAUUCUGUGCAGAGGCAGAGCGCGUGUGAGAAAACCAACCUGCCCCUGUGGCGGAAAGUGGAUGACAGAUUCUUUUGGAACAAGCACAUGAUUGAAGAUCUCAUCAGCAUUGAUAAUCCUGAAGUGGACUUCUGGAUCAUCCCCAUCAUUCAAGGAUUUGUGCAAAUUGAAGAACUGGUAGUAAACUACAAUGAAUCUUCUGAUGAUGAUAAGAGCAGCCCUGAAACUCCUCCUCAGGAAUCCUCGUGUGUGGAUGACAUCCACCCCACGUUCCUGGUGGCGCUCAUCUCCCGCCGGAGUCGGCACAGAGCUGGAAUGCGGUAUAAGCGGAGAGGUGUUGAUAAAAAUGGAAACGUUGCAAAUUAUGUUGAGACAGAGCAACUGAUCCAUGUCCACAAUCACACCCUUUCCUACAUCCAAACACGAGGCUCUGUGCCUGUUUUCUGGAGCCAGGUUGGGUACAGGUACAACCCACGGCCCCGGCUGGACAAGAGUGAAAAUGAAACCGUGUCCUGUUUUCGUGCACACUUUGAAGAGCAGCUGAAACAUUACAAAAAGCAGGUUAUUAUUAACUUGGUGGACCAGACAGGCAGAGAGAAGAUUAUUGGAGAUGCUUACCUUAAACAAGUUCUUCUCUACAACAAUGCAAAUCUGACUUAUGUUUCAUUUGACUUCCAUGAGCACUGCCGAGGAAUGAAAUUUGAAAAUGUUCAAACACUGACUGAUGCCAUUCACGAUAUUAUUCUUGACAUGAAGUGGUGCUGGGUUGACCAGGCUGGGGUGAUCUGCAAGCAGGAGGGGAUUUUCCGGGUGAACUGCAUGGACUGCCUGGAUCGCACCAACGUGGUGCAGGCUGCCAUUGCCAGAGUGGUCAUGGAGCAGCAGCUCAAAAAACUGGGUGUGAUGCCACCAGAGCAGCCUCUGCCAGUGAAGUGCAACAGGAUCUACCAGAUCAUGUGGGCCAACAACGGCGAUGCCAUCAGCCGCCAGUACGCGGGCACGGCGGCGCUGAAGGGUGACUUCACAAGGACUGGUGAAAGGAAGCUGGCAGGGGUGAUGAAGGAUGGAGUGAACUCUGCAAACAGAUAUUACCUGAAUCGUUUCAGGGAUGCUUACAGGCAAGCAGUCAUAGAUUUGAUGCAGGGCAUCCCUGUGACAGAGGACCUGUACUCCAUAUUUACAAAAGAGAAGGAGCACGAAGCCCUGCACAAGGAGAACCUGAGGAGCCACCAGGAACUGAUCAGCCAGCUGCUGCAGAGCUACAUGAAACUGCUCUUGCCAGAUGAUGAAAAAUUCCAUGGAGGUUGGGCACUCAUUGACUGUGACCCAAGUCUCAUCGAUGCCACUCAUAAGGAUGUGGAUGUGCUGCUUUUACUUUCAAACUCUGCCUAUUAUGUGGCCUACUACGAUGAUGAAAUCGACAAAGUGAAUCAGUACCAAAGGUUAAGUCUUGAAGCUCUGGAAAAAAUAGAAAUAGGGCCUGAACCUACUCUCUUUGGCAAACCCAAGUUCUCUUGCAUGAGGCUGCAUUACAAAUACAAAGAAAUGAGUGGAUAUUUUCACACCCUCAGGGCUGUGGCUCGCAGCCCAGAAGAAGAUGGAAAAGACACCCUUCAGUGCAUUGCAGAAAUGCUGAGAAUCACAAAGCAAGCAAUGGGAAUGGAUGUGCCCAUUAUUGAGAAGAAGCUGGAGAGGAGGAGCAGCAAACCUCAUGAAGACAUCAUUGGCAUUCGGUCUCAGAACAGAGGGUCCCUGGCCCAAGGCAAGAAUUAUUUACUGAGCAAGUUCUCCUCCCUCAAUCAAAAGGUGAAACAAACCAAAUCCAACGUCAACAUCAGCAACCUUCGGAAGCUGGGCAGCUUUGCCAAACCUGAAGUGAAAGUCAAUUUCUUAAAGCCAAACUUGAAAGUGAAUCUUUGGAAGUCGGACAGCAGCCUGGAAACCCUGGAGAACCCCGGCGUGGAUGCGAAAGCCGCCAGCGAAUCCGACACAGAAGGCUCGGACAAUGACUCCUUCCACUCGGAUGACUUCCUGAGCAACUCCAAGUCGGACGAGGAGGGCCAGCUGGGGGGCUCCCUGGAGAGCAUGGGCCCCACGGACUACGUGCUGCCCAGCUGCGGCAUCAUCGCCUCGGCGCCGCGCCUGGGCAGCCGCUCGCAGUCGCUGAGCAGCACCGACCUCAGCCUCAGCGUGGCCGUGCCCGCCGAGGGCCAGGGCGCUGCCCCGCCCGCCUCUGAGGGCGCGGGGCUGGAGCUGGCCAAGCCCGUGGAUGUGUACUGCCAGAGGUUCGUGCAGGACGCCCAGAGCCAGGGCUGCCAUGUGCUGGAGCCCGAGGCUGCUCCUGCAGAGCCCCACCACGCACCCGCCCAAAGCAGCAGCAGCGCCGCCAGGAAGGCAGAGCCCAAGGCUGAAGCUGCUGCAGACGUUCCUUCCAGGCCAUCGAAGCUGGAUGUUCACUCUUCUGAGCCAAACCCUCAGCUCCUGGCCGUGGGGGGGCCUGACUGGAGCAAAUCCCAGCGGAGCCCGGGCUCUGUGUCUGGGAACCAGGAGCCAGGACUCCAGGGCUCUCCUUCCCCCGCCGACGGCAGCGGCAGCAGGGCCGUGUCUCCCUUCGCUAAAAUCCGCAGCUCCAUGGUCCAGGUUGCCAACAUCACCCAGGCAGGAUUGACUCAAGGGAUUAAUUUUGCUGUGGCAAAAGUCCAAAAGAGCCCUGCAGAACCGGAAACUUUAAAUGAAAUCAAACAAAAAGAACUGAGAGAAAUGUUUACGCAAUGCCAGACGCGAAUAAUUCAGAUCUAGUUGCUCAUUUGGGAAGUGUUCUUCUAGCUGUGGCUUCUAAUAAAAUAACCCGAUGACAUCAGGACUAUUGUGGCAUGAACUGCUGCUGGAUACUGGGAUUGAUAAUAGGUAAUUUGUUUACAAGCAGUGAGAGAUGCAAAUGAAUUUGGUUCUGACCAAGCUUCAGAAUUCCCUCAGGCAGGUGAGACAGAACCUGUAUAAACCAUAUUUAAACAGGUAGCUUAGACACUGGGAUUCAAUAAGCAUGCUGUCUAUCUUAGAUGUGUUGCACAGUUAUUUUUUUGAGACUAAUUUUGUAGCUCUUCUGAAUUAUGUAGAAAGUAUUUAUACUCAAAGGAUGAUACUGCACUUCUGUGACCUUACUUACCUUGCACUACACCAGCAAAAUAAAGUACCGGUAAAUUACAUUUUAUUUAUUUUUGGACUAGUAUUUUUACUUGUUUUCAAUGAAGUUCUAGAUGCAGCUCUCUGAAUUGUGCCUCUACAAUGGGAACCGAUGUGUUUUUGUUGAAUUUAAGUAUGUUAACCAGAAAGUAAGAUUUCUUUCUAUCCUUUUCUUUCCUGACAUCCUGGGACACUUUCAUUAUAGAUGAAGCUUAGAGACCCAAUCUGAAAUACCCACAAUCCUGCAGUGCAAAUUUCUUCUGUAGAUUGGUUUUUUCCUCACUUGUUUUGAUGUGAGGGGAAAUGAAGCAAGUGUCUUUGAAUUGUCUUGCCCAUGUUAGUUAUUUUUAUUUAAAUUCCAAACUCUGCCCAUUUGCUCUGUUUUUGUCUCUGUAAAGCAGGACGAGCCAGAUCCCUGCCCCUCAGGCACUGUGUCCCUCUGUGCUAGGGUUCUCUCUAAGUGUGAAAAAUGAUGCAAAAUCCCAACUACCAUCUGGAGCAGGAGGCCAGUGCACUGCUUUGUAAGAUCAGGGUUGCAUUAGAGCAUCGCUGUCAGCAUCUGUCCAAGACCAAAUUCCUGACCAGCUCCAGCUUUGCACCUCGCAGGGUGGAGCAUCUGCUCCUGCUGGGAACUGGAUCAAAAAUCCCCUUUGCUCUGUGUGUCCAAGGAUUCCAGCUAUGAAAUCCUCCUUCCCAGGAAUGCCUUGCCAUGCCAUUCCAGUGUAGGACCUUGUCCAGAAGCUGCUGUGAAGCAGGACCUUGCUGUGCUGUGGUUUGUGACUGUGGCACCCUGACAGACCCAGUGCCUGUGUCCUCGUCCCUGUACUGUAGAUAGGCUGCACGUGGUGUCCCCACAACGCCCUGGCCUGCCCUAGGGUAGCUCUGUGUCUUAGGACUUGUACUGUGUCUGAAACCAUUUAUCACCUGAAACUUUGAUCAACAAAUUUGGUUUAUUUAUUUUAUUAAAGUGAUGUGGGUUUGGGUUUUUGUUCUUUUUUUGAGUGUCUAUACUUGUGGUUAUAUUUAAAAUUAAACUACUGCUGUAUUUUAAUGUGAGCAAUAUACAUGAAAUAUUUUAAUAAAAAAAGUGAAAUCAAAAGCAGGGUUUGGUAUGUGAUGUUAAGGCAUGUGGGACUGUUUCUUUCAGAAUUACAGACACAAUUCUCCUGGUAGUCAGGGGACACAGGCAUGACUUCACUUCUUUAUCCUCUUUAGAAUGGUGCUGCUUUUCUGGGCAGCUUGUGCCAGGGCCUCACCACCCUCACAGGGAAGAACUUCAUAUUUUAUCUAAAUCUAUCCUCUGUUAGUUUGAAGUCAUCCCCCCUUGUCCUGUCCCUCUCCUGCAGUUCCAUGUCCUUCCAGCUAUGAAAUACUGGAGAUGGCAAUGGGCACAAAAACAUCCCCUGAGGCAAUCUCAGAACCCAACCCUGCAUUCCAGCCCAGCUGCCUUUUGAAAAGUGUUCAUUUCCUUCCUCAUUUGUUCAGUUGCUUCACUUCACAGUAAUGCAGCACAAGUCAGACAAAACCAUGAAUAUUCAUUUUUAGUGCUCAAAAAAAAAAAAGAGAA